AUGAGGGCAGAGAUCCUGGUCGACCCUCCAUAUUCUACUUGUCUUGCACGUGAUCAGAAUUUUAGGAGGCCCGUGACUGGCCAGAAUAGAUUGCUGUAUUUCCUCAGUUCUUUAUUUUAUAACGACGAAAGCGAUAAUACCCAAGAAAAUGCUGGAAGCCCACGUAGAAAUGGUUUCCUGUUGAAGUCCAGCAGCACUGGUUCAAGUCCAGCCUCCACAGUUCUGCAAAACUGUACGCAGAGCCGCGGCGGUGGGAGCUGGGCGUCUCCUCGGCGCGUUUUACUGCAGGUGAAACCGGGCCCUGCCGCGCGCCGCCACGCCCGAGGGCGGGCCUCCCGGCGGGCGCGCUGCGGGGAACCGCGGGGCUCGGAGCGACCCCCGCCGCCGGCCCGAGGGAAAGGGAGUCGGCGAGACCCGAGAGGCCGGUCCGGUGUCCCCAAGCAGGAGGGGCCUCCAGAGGCGGCGGCAGUGGGACCAGAGCUCAUAUUGCCAAGUGAGAGAAGCUUCCAGAAUACUGCUAAAAGCAAUAAUUUGGAUCUUAUGGAGAAGCUGUUUGAAAAGAAGGUUAACAUUAAUGCUGUGAACAAUAUGAACCGCACAGCCUUGCACUUUGCAGUGCGGGCAAGUCAUUUAUCUGCAGUGGAUUUUUUGCUUAAUCACAAGGCCAGGGUGGAUGUUGCCGAUAAACAUGGCUUGAUAGUAAUUCACCUUGCAGCCUGGGCCGGGAGCCUCGAGAUCAUGCUCAUGCUGGUUAGAGCCGGAGCAGACCAGAGAGCCAAGAAUCAGGUAGAUGGAAUGAGUGGCCUCCACUUUGCAGCUCAGAGCAAUAAUGUGCGCAUUGUGGAGUACCUCAUUCAAGAUCUGCACCUGAAGAACCUGGACCAGCCUGAUGAGAAAGGAAGGACAGCAUUUCUUUUGGCCGCUGAAAGGGGCCACGUCGAGAUGAUAGAAAAACUUAUCUUCCUCGAGCUGCAUACUUCAGAAAAGGACAAAGGGAACACGGCCCUGCACCUUGCGGCGAAGCAUGGUCACAGCUCUGCGGUGCAGCUGCUGCUCCGCCGGGAAGAGGUGAAUGAGAUCAGUGAGAAUGGAGAAACACCAUUCUUCCUAGCUGCUGCAGGAGGCCAUGAAGAAUGCAGCAAAGUGCUGCUGGGAGCAGGGAGGGACAUCAACAUUCCAAACGAACUCAGUGUCAGUGCUUUGCAGAUAGCAACCCAGAAUGGCCAUGCAUCGCUUGUCGGCUUUCUUCUCAGUGAGAAUGUUGAUCUGCACCAGAAUGGGGAACCUAAGGAGUCCCCUCUUCAUUUAGCUGUUAUCAACAACCAUGUCACCGUAGUAAACAGCUUAUUAAGUGCACAGCAUGACACUGACAUCGUAUCAAGCAAGCAGCAGGCUCCUUUGCACCUGGCUGCUGACCUUGGAAAUGUGGAACGGGGAACGCUGCUGAAGGCAGGCUGCCAUCUGAAGGCUGCUGGUGAGCAAAGGAAGACGGCCUUGGCUGUGGCCUCCAGGAGCAACCACAGACUUGUCAUGGACAUGCUCAUAAAAGCAGAAUAAUACUACGGCUGGAGAGAGAAGCAUGGUGAGAACAUCAGGGUCCCAACAACCAACUUUCCUCUGACAUUCAAGCAAGAUCACAGUCAGGAGACUGAGCGUAUUUGCAGUCUCCUCUGGCACCUGGCUUACCACCAACUGAAGGCCAGUGAGUGGCAGAGGCUGGCCCGUUCGUGGAACUUCACGGAGGACCAGAUCAGAGCUAUCAAGGAACAGUGGUCAGGGAAGGACAGCUUCCAAGAACACGGCUACAGGGCUCUGCUCAUCUGGCUGCAUGGGACCCUGGUGAUGCAGGACACGCCAGUCAAGCACCUGUACAAAGAGCUGGUGCGUGCAGGUUUCCCAGAAUUAGCCGGUGAAAAAAAAAUCCAUCAAUUCAAAAGCGAAACCGACCCAGAGCCCAAGAAGUGUGCAGUUUCAUAAGUGCCUAGAGAAACUGCAUUUAAAUGAUUUUCCACUCAGCAUCCAGUCCUUUUAAAUUUA